CAUUUCAGAGGCCUUUCGUAUAUCCAAACCGUCAAGAUGGGCUUCACCGACUUCAUCUCUGACGCGGGCCUCACCUUGCUCAACAACUGGGUGAAGACCCGCAGUUACAUCGUUGGCUACGCGCCUACCCAGGCCGAUGUCAAAGUCUUCCAGGCUUUCGAAAAGACCCCCGCGGCCGAGAAGUACCCGUACGCCGCCCGCUGGUACAACCACAUCGCCACCUUCGAGUCCGAGUUCUCCUCCCUACCUGGCGACCCAUCCAAGGUCGCUACCGCGUACGGCCCUGAGGUCUCUGAACUCCCCAUCAACCCUGCCAAGGCCCCGGCCGCAGCGGAGGAGGACGAUGAUGUCGAUCUCUUCGGUAGCGACGAUGAGGAGGAGGACGCCGAGGCUAUAAGGAUAAGAGAGGAACGCUUGGCGGAGUAUAAGAAGAAGAAGGAGGGCAAGACGAAGCCCGCUGCCAAGUCUAUCGUCACAUUGGACGUCAAGCCAUGGGACGAUGAGACCGAUAUGAAGGAGCUAGAGGCGCAAGUCCGAGCAAUUGAGCAGGAUGGUCUCGUAUGGGGUGGCUCGAAGCUCGUUCCUGUUGGCUUCGGUAUCAAGAAGCUGCAGAUCAACUUGGUCAUCGAGGACGAGAAGGUCAGCACAAACGAUCUGCAAGAGAAGAUCGAGGAGUUCGAGGACUAUGUCCAGUCCACCGACAUCGCUGCCAUGCAAAAAUUGUAGAUCCUCUGGUCUGCUUUCUUCUCAACUAUACGCCCUUUUUGCUAGUCAUGUUGCACCCUCGCGGUCUCUGGCCGGCGUGUUCUUGCGUGGCUCAAGAGGCUAUCAGGCAUGGUUAAUGUUUUGACGAUCAUGAGCAUUGGCACGA